AUGUUCGCUCAUCGUAACAUUUCUUUAUAUGGUGGACACGACGAUGAAAUAAAUUGUCUUGUAUUGUCAAAAGAUUUUGAAAUACUUCUUACAGCAUCAAUCAAUGGAUUUAUUCGUUUAUGGAAUACAGUAUUCGAUCAUUUGACAUUUAAAUUAAAAGAAAAAUCAGGUUCUAUUCGAGCAUUGGCUAUUUCGAAUAAUGAUAGAUAUUUUGCAUCAACUGCCAAUGACACUAAUGUUCGUUUGUAUGAAACAAGAACUGGCUCGUUGAUAUAUACACUUUCCGGUCAUACGCAUGCAUCGGAUUGUCUUCAUUUUUCAUCAGACAAUCAACUAAUAGGAAGUGGUGGAUGGGAUUCACGAACAAUACUAUGGAAUGUUAUAACAGGUGAAAAGGUCUACGAUUUUCAUCAUCAUACAAGCGCAGUACAGUCGAUUUCUUUCCAUCCCAAACUAAAUCUAAUGGCGACUGGGUCUCAUGAUCAUGUUGUUUUUCUGUACGAUCUUGACAAUCCAUCAGCAUCGCAACCAGUUAUGCUUCGAGGACAUUUUGGAAAUGUUCGUGCAUUAGCUUUUUCAACUUUACCAUAUCUAGCAUCAGCCGGUUGGGAUAAGGUCAUUGUGAUUUGGCAACUUGAAACAAAUCGUGUACGAGUUCGUCUUUUCGGUCAUGCAGGAUGGAUUCAAGCCAUUACAUUUCGUGAUGAUGAUGGCUCUAUAUUAGCUAGUACUGAUGAUGAUACUGUUCGCGUUUGGAAUAUAUUUAGCAAUGAUUGUUUACAUCGACUUUCGAUUGUCAAUGAUUUAUCUUGUUUCGUUCGAUUUUUACCAAAUAAUCGUGGUGUUAUCGUCGGUGGCGCAGUUUAUGAGUUGUUAGCGAAUCAAUGGAUACCUCCUCGAGAACGAAAACGUACAAAAUGUGUACGUGAGCCAGUAACUGGUGAGACUGUAUUAAUGUCAAGACAAAAAACGUUUCUGCCAAGACAACCACAUCGCGACAUGAGUGUCAAACUUCCAACAGUUAAACCUCGUCCAACUACGCAACAAUCUAUACUUCGAAAACGAAUAACUAUUGAAUAG